GAAACGUCGGUCAGUUGUCACGCAGCCAGUGAAGGUGAAACAUACGAAGACGAGCGGAAACAUCACCAGCCGCAUCUUUCACAUAUAACAGUAGCAUCGCGGCGCAUAAAUAGAAACAUUUGACUGACUUGACUAUUCUUGAAUCGAACAAAACACAAAUGAGCAUCGGCCAGCAGAGACUCUAAUACAAGUGGGUGCAGUCCGUUGAAUGUUUUGGACCCGAGACAGGCCACAGCAACACAUUUGACGUGAAUCUGCUCAUCAUUGGCACAGCAUUCGCCUCAUCCGUGCGUGUGUUUACACACUAGUCGGUCCGGUUUCAUUUCGGCCGGCUGCUCUCAACUUCCGUCGUUCCUGCUACCCGGAUGUGCUAGUCCUACACAAAAUUCAAUACACCAGCAAAUUCCAAAUCUCUAGGAACAGCAGCUGAAAAAAUCGGUUGCCAGGCAACGCGGGUAUUGCUGCUACCUCUUUGAUUUCACAUCUAUUCCAUAACACACGCCUAUAUCAUCGGUAACAGUGUUAUUGAUUCAGAGCCGGCCGCAUUGGAUUCCCUAUACGAAAUGAAGGGAGGCCACUCACAAAGGCGUCGAUUUUCACUGCAAGCGCUAUGCGUGGUGCAGUCGCCAACCAGCGAGGAGGAGCCGCUGGGCAGCAAUGGCCAGCAACCCAAUUGCCACCAGCAGCAGCAGCAGCAGCAGUCGGUUGACGGUACGUCGUCGUCGUUGGAAGAAGCGGCCGGUCGAUGCGGGACACCGUCCCAUCGGCAAAGCCGACGGCGCCGUCCCCUUUCCACCGAGCCGGCCUUGUCCGGCAGCAGCAGCAGCGCAGCAGUCAAGCCAGCAUCCGGCAGGAAUCUAGCGCCACCGGCUCCCACAACUCCUGUCAAAUCUCAUUACAAGGUGGUGGUAAUGGGUUCGGCGCGGGCGGGCAAAACUUCGUUAGUCGGCCAGUUCCUCUACGCGGCUUACAGCCCUCGCUACCGGCCCACCGUCGAGGACAUGCACACCGUCGAGCUCGACUGUCAAGGCCUGGAUCUCCGUUUGGACAUUCUGGACACGGGCGGCAGUUACGUUUUCCCGGCCAUGCGAACGCUGGCCAUCAAAUCGGCUGAUGGUUUCGUCCUGGUCUGCGCUUCCGACGAUCCUUCGUCUCUCGAGGAAGCGGAACAUUGUCGAUCGCAAAUUUUGGAAGUCAAAGGGCCGUCCUGUCCGGUUGUUGUCGUCCUCAACAAGACGGACCUGAUCCGCUCCGGAUCCGUUUCAUCCGAACCGCAGACUGACGACGACAAGAGCGAAAAUCAUCAACGGGCCAGCGGCAGCGGCAGCGGUAGUGCACCUGACAGCCGGGCCGCCAGCGACGGAGGCAAUUUCCUCUGCCAAGAAAUGGUCGAGUCGCUCGUCACCUGCGAUUGGGGACACGGAUUCGUUCCAGCCUCGGCCAAAAACAACAUCAAUGUCGUCCAGGUGUUCCAGGAGUUGUUUGUUCAGGCCAAAUCGCGGAUCGCACUCAGCCCGGCGGUCCGCAAACGACGUCAGUCGCUGCCGGCCCGGACCCUCAUCCCGCCGGGGACCAGCAGCGGCAACCACCCACAUCCCCAAUUGGGACACCAUUUGUCGCUUCACGGAUCGAACGUGGCCGCAGCAGCAGCGGCAGCCGCCGCCGCCGUCGCCGCCACUUCCGCCGCUAAUAAUUCCUCCGUCAGCUCGUCACCUACUGGCACCAGCAGCUUUGCCAAGCGCAAUUCCUGUACCGUUUCAUAAAAACGAUGCAACGACCCCAAUUCCUCAUUUUGAAAAACAACCAGCGCCAAAACCCCAAACCCAAUGUCGAUGCCACACAAAAAAGUCCAACUCUUUUGUGUGUCGCAUUUUCAUUUCUCUCUCUCCAAUUCAUUACACUACGCGCGCACACGCAGACGGUUUUUGAUCGACGAGACUCCCGUUAUUACCCCCCUCCCUCCUCAUCCGCACUUGGCAGACGAUGGCGACGUCGAUUUGGUUUGAAUGUUAUAUAUUCUAUUACAGACUUAAUUAUUUCCCCUCGGUAAUCUCUUCAUCAUUCCUUCCCCCCCACUGGGAUAUGCCACCGGUAUACUAUAUACUCUCCCCACGUCGUUAUCCCCUACUUAUAUCAGCCACCGAUAUGUACCCCAGCAUGUCGUUUUACUCUAUUCUUAUCCACGAAAAACCAAACAGCUUUUUUCUUAAAAAAAAAAACAGCAGAAUUCAAAUUGAAAUAUCCAAAGGAAAUGCUUUCAAGCUUAGACGGAAGAAAAUUGUUUCCAUCUUCUUUGUUCUCGAUGAUUCGCGUAUAUUAAACAACCAAAGAAAAAAGACAACUACGAUUAUUGCAUGCUGUUGUGUAUCAUGUGUAUAUGCAGUAAGGUAUUUAUAUAUAUUAUUAUUGAUUAUUGCGCAUAUCACUGUAAUCCUGUAUACACCGCAUUUCGUUCGG